AUGAGGCCUGAGAACCAGAGCAGUGUGUCCGAGUUCCUCCUCCUGGGGCUCCCCAUCCAGCCAGGGCAGCAGGGUGUGUUCUUCUCUCUGUUCCUGGGCAUGUACCUGACCACGGUGCUGGGCAACCUGCUCAUCAUCCUGCUCAUCAGGCUGGACUCUCGCCUGCACACGCCCAUGUACUUCUUCCUCAGCCACUUGGCCAUCUCUGACAUCUCUCUUUCCUCUGUCACUGUCCCAAAGAUGCUCGUGAACAUGCAGACUCAGCGACAAUCCAUCUGCUAUAUGGGAUGCAUUUCUCAGGUGUGUUUUUUCAUAAUUUUUGCUGGUCUUGACAAUUUCCUUCUUGCAGUAAUGGCAUAUGACAGGUAUGUAGCCAUCUGUCACCCUCUGCACUACACCACCAUCAUGCGGGAGGGACUGUGCACUCUGCUGGUGGUUGUCUCCUGGAUGCUCUCCAGUGCCCAUGCUCUGUUGCACACCGUCCUCUUGGUCCGACUCAUGAGGCCUGAGAACCAGAGCAGCGUGUCCGAGUUCCUCCUCCUGGGGCUCACACUCCGGCCAGGGCAGCAGGGCGUGUUCUUCACCCUGUUCCUGGGCAUGUACCUGACCACGGUGCUGGGCAACCUGCUCAUCAUCCUGCUCAUCAGGCUGGACUCUCGCCUGCACACGCCCAUGUACUUCUUCCUCAGCCACUUGGCCUUCUCUGACAUCUCUCUUUCCUCUGUCACUGUCCCAAAGAUGCUCGUGAACAUGCAGACCCAGCGACAAUCCAUCUCCUAUGUGGGAUGCAUUUCUCAGUUGUAUUUUUUCAUACUCUUUGGUUCUCUUGACAAUUUCCUUCUUGCAGUGAUGGCAUAUGACAGGUAUGUGGCCAUCUGUCACCCUCUGCACUACACCACCAUGAUGAGGGAGGGGUUGUGUGUGCUGCUGGUGUGUGGCUCCUGGAUGGUUGCCUCUGUCCACGCCCUUUGUCAUACCCUCCUUUUAGUGCGACUGACCUUCUGUGCUGACAUCACCAUCACCCACUUCUUCUGUGAUCUCACUGCACUACUGAAGCUGAGCUGCUCAGACAUCUCUCUUAACAUGCUCGUCAUCUUUGCAGAGGGAGGAUUUCUUUACCUCCUGCCUAUGGGUAUUGUUUUGGGCUCAUAUAUCCAUAUAGGAACCAUCAUACUGAGGGUGCCCUCCACUAAGAGACUGGUAAAAGCCUUUUCUACCUGCGGCUCCCACCUGUUUGUGGUGUCAUUAUACUAUGGGACACUUGCAGGUGUUUACUUUUUCUCCUCAUCAUGGGACUCCAAAGACAUCAUUGCUUCGGUCAUGUAUACGGUAGUUACCCCCAUGCUGAACCCCUUCAUCUACAGCCUGAGGAACAGUGAUAUAAAACAGGCCUUAGAAAUGUGUGACCGUAGGGUUAACUUCUUUAAGUGGCAAUCACGAAAUCCUCUUAUUGCAGUUAGGAGCACAGUGAGAUAUGUCUCCUAA